AUGCCUCCACAUACAGCAAUGUUCAGUAUGUGGAGGCAUUGUCAAGCUAUUAUUGCUGAGGCAGUUGGAGGAUUAAAUUCAGAAUCCCUGAGUUCAAUUCAAGUUUUGGAACCUUUUAAAUUAUCAUAUUGGAAUCCUGCUUUUAAUAUGAAUUCUUUAAUUAAUAAAGUAAAAAAUUUCAUGAGUAAUUCACUUAGAGUAGAUUUAAGUCAUAAGCAGAAUGAUAAAAAUAGAUUUCCAGAUGGUGCUUAUCAUCCUUUAGAACAGCUUGCUAUGUUAAUUAAUACUUUAUAUGAUAUUGAACCAAGAAUCCAAUCCCCAUAUAGAUAUAAUAUUACAAAACAGAUUGUUUAUACAUCAAAUAUAAAGGAUGAAAAGAAAGAAUUAUACAAUUUUGAUAUUUUAUGCAAUCAUCAUAAUCGACCUUGUUGGGAUGCAAAUGCUUAUUUAGCUGCUCAGCAAGAAAAAGAUCAUCAAAUAGAAAAAAUUCUAUAUAAAUUUCUUAAAGAAAUAAAAAACAUCAAACAGAUGGAAUUUUCUCCCAAAAAAUAUUUUUGCCAUACAAAUAUUAAUUUAGUCAAAACAGAAUACCAAAAUGAAUCUGAAAGUAAUAUUUGCAAUCAUCUAAAUAACAUUGAAGAUAAAAAUCUUAUAAAAAAUGAAGAUUCAAACUUUUUAAAAGAACAAAAUGAGAAAGUAGAAGAAAUUGAAGAAGCAAUUAUAUUUAUUUUAGAAUCUUCAUUUCUUCCAUUUUUAGAGGUUGGUUUGUUUGAAUAA